UUUUAACAUGGAUAUCCAGUUGUCGGAUUCAUUGAAAAGGCUUUUCUUUCUUCAUUGAAUGGCCUUAACAUCUUUGUGAAAAAUCAAUUGACUGUAUACACAUGGGUCUGCUUCUGUUUUCUCUAGACAUCUAUUUGUCUACACUUACACCAAUACCACACUGCAUUGAUUACUGUAACUUUAUAGUAAAUUUUGAAAUCAGGCAAUAUAAGUCCUAUGACUUUUUAAAAAGAUUUAACAAGAUUGUUGUGGCUAUUUCAGGCCCUUUGCCUUUCCAUUUACAUUUUAGAAUCAGCUUGUCAAUUUCUAUAAAAAAAGCCUUCUGGGAUUUUGGGGGGAUUUGUGUGAGUUUGAUAGCACCGCCACAACAAAAUACCACAGACUGGGUGGCUUAAACAGCAGAAAUGUAUAUUCACACAGUUCUGGAAGCUAGAAGUCCAAGGUCAAGGUGCCAGCAGGUUUAGUUUCUCCUUGGCUUGCAGAUGGCUGCCUCCAUGCUGUGUCUUCACGUGGUCUUUCCUCUGUGUGGGGGCAUCCUCAGUGUCUCUGUGUGCUCAUUAUUUCCUCUUUGUAAAGGACACCAGUCGGAUCGCAUCAGGCAUCACCCUAAUGGCUUUAUUUUAACUCAGUCACCUCUUUAAAGACCCUGUCUCCAGAUGCAGUCACUUUCUGAGGUACGGGGGGUCAGGGUUUCAACACACGAAUUGGGGGGCACACAAUUUAGUUCAUAACAGGAUUAUGUUGGACCUAUAGAUCAACCUUAAGAUAAAUGACGUCUUAACAGUAUUGAGGCUUCAUACAACAUGAACAUGUUAUAUCUCUCCAUAUAUCUGAGUCUUCUUUAAUUUCCCAGAGAUGUUUUAUAAUUUUCAGUAUAGAGGGCUUGCAUAUAUUUUGUUCAAUUUACUCUUAAACUUUUUCUGGUUUUUGAUACUUUUGUAAAUGGUAUUUUUCAAUUUAUUUUCCAAUUGUUUGUGGCUAGUAUAUAGACAUGCGGUUACUAUUUGUAUAUUGAUCUUGUAUUCUGAAAGGUUGUUAAAUUCUCUUAUUAAUUGGUAGAUUUGGGGGUAAGUAUUUGACGUGUGUAAUAAUUUACUUACACCUUUCCAAGCUUUAUGCUUUUUUUCUUCCUUUACUGCAUUGGCUGGGACCAAACCUCAGUACAAUGCAGAAUAGUAGACAUCCUUGACUUAUGCCUGUUGUUAGAAGAAAAGUGUUGCCUUUCUGCCCGUGGACGCCGCCGAGUAAGCAUCGUGAAAGUCUCCCCUCUUACCGCCAUCAUGUCUAAGUCUGAGUCUCCCAAAGAGCCUGAACAGCUGCGGAAGCUUUUCAUCGGAGGUUUGAGCUUUGAAACAACCAAUGAGAGUCUGAGGAGCCAUUUUGAGCAGUGGGGAAUGCUUACGGACUGUGUGGUAAUGAGAGAUCCAAACACCAAGUUCUCUAGAGGCUUUGGGUUUGUCACGUAUGCAGCCACUGUGGAAGAGGUGGACGCAGCCACGAAUGCAAGGCCACACAAGGUGGAUGGAAGAGUUGUAGAACCAAAGAGGGCUGUCUUGAGAGAAGAUUCUCAAAGACCUGGUGCCCACUUAACUGUGAAAAAGAUUUUUGUCAGUAGCAUUAAAGAAGACACUGAAAAACAUCACCUAAAAGAUUAUUUUGAACAGUAUGGGAAAACUGAAGUGAUUGAAAUCAUGACUGACCGAGGCAGUGGCAAAAAGAGAGGCUUUGCUUUUGUAACAUUUGGCAACCAUGACUCUGUGGACAAGAUUGUCAUUAAAAAAUACCAUACUGUGAAUGGCCACAACAGUCAAGUAAGGAAAGCUUUAUCUAAGCAAGAGAUGGCUGGUGCUUCUUCCAGCCAAAGAGGUCGAAGUGGUUCUGGGAACUUCAGCAGUGGUUGUGGAGGUGGUUUUGGUGGGAAUGACCACUUUGGCCAUGGAGGAAACUUCAGUGGGUGAGGUGGCUUUGGUGGCAGUCAAGGUGGUGGUGGAUAUGGUGGCAGUGGGGAUGGCUAUAACGGAUUUGGUAAUGAUGGUGGUUAUGGAGGAGGCGGCCCUGGUUACUCUGGAGGAAGCAGAGGCUAUCAAAGUGGUGGACAGGGUUAUGGAAACCAGGGCAGUGGCUUUGGCGGGAGUGGCAGCUAUGACAGCUAUAAUAAAGGAGGAGGUGGAGGCAGCUUUGGCAGCAGUAGUGGAAGCAACUUUGCAGGUGGUGGAAGCUGUAAUGAUUUUGGCAAUUACAACAAUCAAUUUUCAAAUUUUGGACCCAUGAAAGGAGGAAAUUUUGGAGGCACAAGCACUGGCCCCUAUGGUGGUGGAGGCCAAUACUUUGCCAAACUAUGAAACCAAGGUGGCUGUGGCAGUUCCAGCAGCAGCAGUAGCUAUGGCAGUGGCGUAAGGUUUUAAUUACUGCCAGGAAACAAAGCUUAGCAGGAGAGGAGAGCCAGAGAAGUGACAGGGAAGCUAUAGGUUACAACAGAUUUGUGAACUCAGCCAAGCACAGUGGUGGCAGGGCCUAGCUGUUACAAAGAAGACAUAUUUUAGACAAUACUCAUGUGUAUGGGCAAAAAACUCGAGGACUGUAUUUGUGACUAAUUGUAUAGCAGGUUAUUUUAGUUUCUGUUCUGUGGAAAGUGUAAAGCAUUCCAACAAAGGGUUUUACUGUAGAUUUUUUUUUGCACCCAUGCUGUUGAUUGCUAAAUGUAAUAGUCUGAUCAUGAUGCUGAAUAAAUGUGUCUUUUUUUUAAA